UUGGUUCUUCGUCGUAAAUUUGUUCAAUUUUCAUCAAAAAAUAAUUUUAUUGAAAUCCGAUUGAAAUCAAAGUCUUCAUCAAAUUGAUUGAAAAAUGUCGCAAAUAAACAACGAUGAUUGUCUGUGUCAAAAGGAUUCAACCCAUAAGAAUGUGUUGCCACUUUUACGAAGUUAUGUCCAUUUGCUAAGGCUAUGUGCUUCCGAACCAAUGCUGUACGAAAAAGAUGAUGAUGAACACGAUUUAUCGGCAAAAAAGAACGAUAUUUGGAUUGGCAUUCUCAACGAUUGGAGCACAUACCAAUCAUUCUUUAAGCGCAAGUGUAAAGAUGAAUGUGAAUUGACUGGUUUGAUGCGAAAAUUCCGCAAAUACAUUGAAGUUAUUGCUGGCAAACAAAAACUGGAUAAGUCUGUGAAAAAUGAUGUCAACACGGUAAAUCGUUCGGAAGCUACCACGCUAAACCAUGUUUUUGAUGUGAUGGUACCAUUUAUUGAACUACUCACAAUUCAUCCAGUUUUGUACGAUCCAAUGCACCCAGACUACAAUAACGACCAGGAAACAUUGUCCGUCUGGAAUUAUAUCGGUCAGCUUCAGGGAAAAUUCGACGAUAGGGACUUCGAAUUCGACUUCGAUACCAAUGCUCGAAUCGCUGAAAAUUUGCUGCGGCGUCUUGCCAAGCCGAUCAUCUAUGUCAAAAAAGAAGCACUGAUGCCACCAGCUAAAAAACCAAAGACAGGAACUGACAUAGUAGAAAAACCGACAGAAACAAAGCAAUCCGUGAACUCAACACCGACGAAACAAGCCAACCAUCCAAAGGUCAUAACAAACACAGUACCAAAGUCGGCACCAAAGCAACCCGUCAGCUCAACACCAAUGAUACAAGUCAAUCAACCAAAGGCACUAGCAAAUCCAGUGCAAAAGUUAGCAAUCAACACAGAAACAAAUCAAACCGUCAAUCCAGCACCGGGCCAGCCAACCAAUCUUGUGAUCAAUAUAAGUGGCAAUGGUACCUUCUACUUUUCAACGAACAAUGGGGAAGGUAAAUCCGUCUUGUCCGAUCAAAAUGGGACGGUCAAUGGAGUGAACAUCAGCUCAUUUUUCAGCGUUCAAACAGGAGACGAUCUUCUAUCACCCAUUUCCAAAUGAAAUUAUUUGACACAAAAAAAUCAAUUUUUUUUAACAAUUUUCUUUGGUUUUCAUAUAACUUUUAUUUAAAAAAAAUCACAUUUUGGUUCAAAAUGGAACGAUUGAAUGGAAUUUCAAUUAAAUUUAACUUUUAAUAUUGGUUAAACUAACUUCUGGUUUUAUAUAACUUGAUAUUUUAUUUUGUAUACAAUUAUUUUAUUUUUCUUGUAACGAUAUUUUGAAAGAAUUCAGUAUAUUC